GUCUUGAUUGGCUCAGAUGAUUAUAUUACCAAUCGUAAGCCAAUCGACGCCUCGUAUGCGUGCUAGCAUAGAAAAUCGUAUCUGUGCCGAAGGCUUUAAUUUUAAAUUCUGUUUAACUUUAUUUCUUAUACUUUUCUCAUUCUUAGAAUUAGAAAAAGAUAGUAAGUUAAAUCAAGUUUAAAGUUAAGCUAUACUGAUGCAAUAUAUUACUUAAGUAUAAAUUUAAUAUAAAUGUAAAGAUUUUUCUUUAAUAUUCGUAAUUUUUUAAAUCAAAAUUUAGAGAAAAUAUUUUAUAAUGAAAAUUCGAUUAAACAUUUUUCAGACUUUAAUAGAGAAAAGAAUUCAAGAUUAAUUAAUAUCUAUUCAGACUUCUUGAAGCAGCAAUGAUUCUUGCAUAAGCGACAUAUAAAUUUAUGUUGUAUAAAUUAGAAAAGCAACAUGUAAUAUAUACAUAGUACGUAUGCAAUACAUGCUUUCGAAAAUAUUUCUGUUUAUGUAGUCAAUCAUAACAAGCUGAAUUUGAAAGUCCUUCUGCAGACCUACUUGUGCCACAAUCAAAACAUUUUUACAUGUGCCUUGGAUGAAAUUCAGUUUACUUUAAAUUUUCAGUUUCUUAUUUUGUGAAAACGAAGAUGGAUAUGCAUAUAGAUGACUACACAUUUGAAAGCAUACUUGGAAAGGGAACAUUUGGAACUGUGUAUUUGGUAAGAAGGAAGAAAGACUGCAAACCAUUUGUUAUAAAAGCGCAAAAUUUAAAUCAUGCAGUAAAUCAUUCGCCUUCUGAGAGGACGCUAGGAGAGAUACGAUGCCUGCAAAAAUUGAGACAUCCAAAUAUAGUGUUUUAUUAUGGAGCAUGGAAAAAAAAUAAUUACAGCUAUAUUCUUUUGGAAUAUGCGACUCGAUGUACACUCAAGGAUUUGCUAGAAAAACGUGAAGUACCACUUACGGAAGAGGAUGCGCUGUAUCUGUUUUCACAAGUUAUUUUGGGAGUACAUCAUAUUCACUGGAACAAAAUUCUUCACCGAGACUUAAAACCAGAAAAUAUCAUGUUGACUGGUAGUCGUGGGGACAUCGUUAAGAUUGGUGACUUUGGUCUCUCAAAAAAUAUUCAAGAAGACUUGAUAAUUUGUCACGCAGGAUCUUAUUAUUAUAUGGCUCCAGAAGUGUUGAGUAUACAGCCAUAUGAACUUAAGAGUGAUAUAUGGAGCAUGGGUGUUAUACUAUAUGAAAUGGUUACGAAGAGAUUUCCUUUCCCGGCCACGAGUUUAGCGGAAAUUACAAAAUUAGUGCACAACGACCCGCCACAACCUUUACCGCGACGGAUGUCAGCAUCUAUUGUGAAUCUGAUAUCAAAGAUGUUAAGAAAGACCAGUUUGCGUCGACCCCGCACCGAUCAGCUCGUACUUUGUCCCUUUCUUGUGCCUUACAUCAUUCGAGUCUAUCUGAAUCUUGGACGUGACAUUAAUCUCGCUGAACGAGAACGUAAGAGCUUUGGAUCACAUGUUUUCUUAAAAUUUCUAAAUCCGCCAAAACUUUGAUUAAAAGGAUAUUUUAAUGAAUAAUCUUUUAAAGAAAAAGAAAUUGAAAAAUGAUAUU